CCGAAUUGAUCGACGCGGCACUGCUGUCGCCUUACCUCAGUCAUCAUGUACGGUAUGAAUCAGGCCUACCAUGCCCCCGACCCGAGUGCGCAGGUGCCAAACCAUCUCCUCGCCCACGUGCAUCUGAUAUCGUCGUAUCGCUUUCCUACGUUACCUGGCCUGCAGGCUCAGCAGGCCCUCGAGUACCUCAUCAAGGGUCCGCAGAUUGUGCGCGACACUUCGCCCGUUGCGUGGACGUUCCUGUCGGCCCCUCCGCCAGAUGGCACCGUCAUCCUCACCUGGCAGCCCCCGCGCAUGGGCAACAUGUUUGCGUCGGACGGAAUGGUGUGGGCUGAUGCUGAGAGCGCAUACGACAUGAACGUGCGCGGCUAUACUCUCCAGGUCUUUGUCCACAACAGUGGCUACCACUACCCACAUGAGCCAUAUGCGAUGCAUGCACGCCAUCGAUACAGGAUAGCUGCUGGACCCGGUACUAUCGACCCCAACCUCUGGCUGGUGCACUACAAGCCGGCCGAGCCGCAAAGCCGAAUUCCUGCCUCGCAAAUUCCCAUACCGCGAGAUGUGCAGGCCCAGUUGCAGAUGCGGGCUCAGCUACAGCAGGCAGGACCACUGAUGCGCAAGGAGUUCAUGCUGGUGGACCAAGCCAACUGGCCCAAGGUUGAGUUUGGACAGCAGGCGAUGAGAGGCCCACAGCCCUACUACAACCCGAUGCAGCCAGGUCGACCGUAUGCUGCACAACCGCCUCCAGCCAAACGCCAGCGCUUGCCGACGCAGCCCCAGCCCCGUCAGCCCCCGCCGGGCGCAAUAGUGCCAGACAAUACGCUCGAGGAAGAGGAGAAUGCCACACAAGAUGCGUUUGACUUUUUGACCCCACGCGAGAUAAGUCUGUCGCGAUACAAGCAGCACCAUGAAUGGAUGGAGGAGAUUUUCUCGUCACCGUAUGCGAUUGGAAAGAUUGCGCCCAUCGACCUUGGUCUUGGCCUCAUGGGCGAACUCGCUCCGCUCACUGCAGGCAUCCUGGAUGCGCCUGGUGCAGAAAAUGUAGAGACGGGAAAAGAAAGCUACAAGGUCAAGAACUAUUACAAGCUGGACGCGGAGCAGCUCAAGGACUUUGAAAAGCGUGUAUCAGAAUACACCAAGAACGAGCAGGCUGAGAUUGACAAGAUGAAAGCCGAGCAUGCGAAGAAGAUUGCGCACUUGAAGCGCACCCGGACAUAUAUCAAGGCGGAACGACGAUUACGAGAUCUAUCACGCCCUGCCGACGGCGAAGCUGACGGGGCGAACCCCGUCGAGGAAGUUGUGAAAGAUUUGGAAAAGUCACUGGGGGUUACAUUUGAAGCAAAGAAGGCCGUGGUUUGUGUAGACAAGGGUGGCUUUACCGAGAUACAGCAGCCGUCGCCUCCAAAGGCACAGGUCAACGGCAACGAACCUCAGCAAAAUGCCAACGGUACAUCGUCUGGAGCUAAUAAUGAGGGAUCUGUGGAGGAGAACUCAGCAGCGGGGCUCUUGGAUCAAUACGGGUCAGGCUCAAUAUCUGGCACGCCCAUUGGCAACAUCUCGCUGCCUCGAUUGUCGCAGCCUCCAAGCCAGUCGCAGUCAGCAACUGGCACGCCCAAUGCACCUCAUGGCAACAUGAACCAGGCGCCGACGUUUGACCAGCAAGACACAAACCUGGACGUGGGAGCUGACCUUCUGGACUUGGAUGUGGAAAUGUCAGGCAUGGCGUCUGCAGGAGACAAGGGCGAGGACUGGGUGAUGGUCAACGAUCAGGCAACAAAUGCGCAGCAGCCAAGUGGCAACAUUCCGCAGGCAAAUAUGAGCAACAACCAGCAAGCGGCAAGCAAUGCUGGUGGGGCCAUGGCUUCAUCGAACAUGGAGGCUGAUGCAGGCAGCAUGUUCGACACGGCCGACUUUGGAAGCUUUGACAAUCUCGACAGUGCCGGGGACGCGCUGGCCGACUAUGGACAUGACGACAAUCUGGGGCUGGAUCUGGUCGACGACUCUGCGUUUGGCGACGCAUUCCACGGGACCGAGAUGCAUCAUGACAACGGCGAAGGCGACAAUGCGUAGGGCGCAGGCUGGCCGUAGUAGACCGAAUGUUCAUGUGGGCUAGGCUGGGCUGGGCUGGGCUGAGCUACCUUUUGCAAAGUAAUGCUUGGGUUGUAUUAUCACGUUUCAUACCAGAAGA